AUGAAAGCUAAAGUCUCUUAAAUUUCUCCUGAUAAAUUAUAUGCUUCUCUUCUCAAAAGAAAAAGUGAGUAAGAGUAAUAAGCUAGACUAAAAUCACCUAUUGUUACUACUAAUAAGUAUUUCUAUUAAUUUUACUAUCUACUAGAUAUUUAGUACCUAGCAAUAGGAAUGGAAGUGGUAAUUCUAAAAUAGAAGCUAAAAAGACAAGACCUGCAAGUGGCAAAGAUUUAAAAGAUAUAAGUAGUGUAUUACUCAAAAAAACUCAUGCACGUUAGAACAGUAAAUUAAUUGAAACUAAAGAAAAUACACAAAACUUAUCAGCUAAUGCCUUGUCUCUCUUGUUAAAAAUCAAAUAGGAUAAGCCUGAAACUAAAUAACCUGUAAUUCAGUAAAACAAAGAUAUAUUCAAUCAACAAGCCAUCUCAAAAAAAUAUCAAAAAUUAAUGGAAAUGACUAAGUAGCAAUAACAAUCCAUAGUUAAAUCCAAAUUGUUUAAAGGACCUCGUUCAAUCAGUAAUCCAGAUAUUUCUAACUUGCAACUCUACAUAAAAAAAGCAAAUGGAUUAAGUUCUCCUGGAAUGUUAUACAAUGGUUAAUCUAAAACUAAUUAAGACAUAUUCAAAUUAAUCAACAAAUUUAUUAAUAAAGAAAAUGAUUGGUAUAUUCAAGUUUCUGAUGGUCAUGGUACAAAUGGUCAUUAAGUAGCUUAAUUCUUAUAAUAAGUGUUACCUUCCUUCAUAGAAUAGGGUAUCAUGAGUAUCUCAUCUUGUUAUGAUAGAGAUAAGUAUAUAUAUAUUAUAAAUUCUUAGAUAAAUUAAUACAAUCCUUAAAAAUUGUUUCAUUUAAACAAAUGAAGAAUUACUAGAUAGUGGAAUUGAUGUAACUUACUCAGGUGCAACCACUGUAACAGUAAUUUCUUUUGAAAAUGUAUUAUACUGUGCCAAUAUUGGUGAUAGUCGUGCAAUUAUAGGAAGAUUUGAUAAUAAAUUGUCAGUAAUUGAAUUAUCAAAAGAUCACAAACCUGAUUGUUUUUUGGAGUAAGCAAGAAUCAUUCAGAGAGGAGGUCGUGUAUAAGCAUAUAGUGAUGAAGAUGGGAAUCCUGUUGGACCUGCAAGAGUCUGGAAAUAAGAUGAAGAUGUUCCAGGUUUAGCUAUGUCAAGAAGUUUUGGAGAUUAUGUUGCUAGUUAAGUUGGUGUUAUUUGUGAACCAGAAAUAAUAAAACAUGCACUCUUACCUUGUGAUAAAUUUAUUAUUGUUGCAUCUGAUGGAAUAUGGGAGUAUUAAUUAUAAUAAAAAUUAGAUUUCUCUCUAAUGAAUGGGUUGUUGAAACUGUUUAUGAAUAUUAUAAAAAAGAUGAUACUCAAGGUGCUUGUUAAAGAUUGGUAUAAGCUGCAAAAGAAGCAUGGUAAAGAGAAGAUGAAGUCAUAGAUGAUAUUACAGUAGUAAUAGCAUUUAUUAAAUGA